AUGCCUCCCCGCAACACUCGACGAUUGAGCGCUAAGGUGAGUCGCAGUGUUCCAUCACCAUCAGGGGGCAACAACAUCGGCAGCGGCAACAACGACCGACACGACCCCCCUUUUCUUGUGCAUUUAUCUGCACUUCCGCCGCUGCGGGCCGCGUCUGGAGGGAGUCGCACGCCAGAGGUGCCACGUGGUGUCCUCCUCGGCGACGGUGAUGAGCAUACACACGGACACGCUGAACCACCCAAACGGAAUGAAGAGGGCACAGCACGUGAGGACAUGAUGUUUGAUCGUGAGGAAGAAGUGGAAGACGAGGAAGGAGAGUGCAGCACAGAUUCACUGUCGACAUCAUCGAGCGCGUACAUGCGCCAUCAUCGCUACGAGGAUCCCUAUACCGCGUACCAGCCGGUGUCAGACCCGUACGAUCGCCAACGUGAGAUUGAGCGGCAACAACGAUUCAUCAGUGACAGUAAACGGUUGGGACGACCCUUCAUUCCGAGUGGGGGGCGAGCAUUAGAGAAACCGACGCGAUUUAUGUUGGGUGACUGCGUCGCCGCGCUGUACCGCACCAUUGCGCGUGACUGGCCGGAGACUGACCCGAUGGUCAUAUCCACUGCCGAGGAUCUCAUUGUGGUCUAUAUUAAACGCGAAAGAGUGCGCAACACAACAACGGUGAUGCGAUACAUGAACGCAUCACUGAAGCGAAGUGAAGCAGUGCGAGCGUUUGAUUUGAGGAAGGUUAAUGAAGGUUGGGACAUUCUUACGGACGACGGGCAUAUUAUGUACACCUUCAAGCCGCCAUGGGUGCGGCAGAGGCGCUUUCUUCCGGAUCAAGUUGUGGCGCGCAAAGCGCAUUGA